GGAGCUUUUUGAUUCAACAGAGCAUGUUUCGUUAACUUUCUUUACACACUUAUAUUCAGUUAUGUAUUCAGGUACUGAGUUUCUUCUCAAACCCAUUUUCUCACGGGGGGUUUCUGCUUCAUUACACUUAGUUCUGUUACUAGUUUUGUUAUUCUCGUGGGUUUGGAGGAAACUGAGAGAGAGUGUUAGUCAUAAAACUGAAGGGUCAAAGGAGAGGUUUAAUAGAAGGGGGGUUUUGUGGUAUAAUAAAACUUUGGUGGGUUGUUUAAGUCUUUCAGUGCUUAAUCUUGUAUUGUGUUUGUUGAGUUACUUCUAUUGGCAUAGAAAUGGUUGGUCGGAUGAUAAAGUGGUAACCCUUUUGGAUUUAGUGGUGAAAACGCUUAGUUGGGGGGCAAUUUGUGUUUAUUUGCAUACCCAGUUUUUUAAUUUAGGUGAAAAAAAAUUACCAUUUUUAUUGAGAGUUUGGUGGGGCUCUUACAUGUUAAUCUCCUGUUAUUGUCUUGUUACAGACACUGUUCUUUACAGAAACUAUUUGUUGUUAUCAAUUCAGUAUUUGGUAUCUGAUGUUGUCUCUGUUAUCACUGGGUUGUUUUUCUGUUAUGUGGGGUUCUUUAAGAGAAGUGAGGGUGAAAAUACCCUCGUUCAAGAACCCCUUUUGAAUGGUAAUUCAAAUGUAAGUGAUGAUGUAGGGUCAAGAAUCAAGUCCAGAGGGGCUGAUAAUGUGACCCAUUAUUCAACUGCUGGUCUAUUUAGUCUUUUUACAUUCUCUUGGAUGGGUUCCUUGAUUGCUGUCGGCUAUAAGAAAACAUUAGACCUUGAGGAUGUGCCUCAGUUGGAUAGGCAUGAUAGUGUAGUUGAGGCUUUUCCAAUUUUUAGAAGUAAGCUUGAAGCAGAUGGUGGUGUGGGGAGUGGAGUUACCACACUAAAACUGGUGAAGGCAUUGAUCUUGUCAACAUGGAAGGAAAUUCUGUUAACAGGUUUCCUUAUCCUUUUACACACCAUGGCCACAUAUGUUGGCCCAUAUCUCAUUGGCACUUUUGUGCAAUACCUCACUGGGAGGCGGGAAUUUAAAAAUGAGGGGUAUGUUUUGGUUUCUGCUUUUCUUGUUGCGAAAUUUGUGGAGAACUUCUCCGAGAUACACUAUUUCUUUUGGCUGCAGCAGGUCGGAAUUAGGAUCCGAGCAGUUCUUGUCGCGAUGGUGUACAAUAAGGGUUUGAUACUUUCUUGUCAGGCGAAGCAGGAGUGCACUAGUGGGGAAAUAAUAAAUUUCAUGACAGUCGAUGCUGAGAGAGUAGGUGAUUUCAGUUGGUCCAUGCACGAUCCAUGGAUUGUGCUUCUGCAAGUUUUUUUGACCUUGUUUAUAUUGUAUAGAAAUCUUGGGCUUGCAUCUAUUGCAACUUUUUUGGCAAUAAUAAUUGCUAUGGUACCGAAUUUUCCUCUGGGGAGAUUGCAGAAUAGGUUCCAAGUAAAGUUGAUGGAAUCAAAAGAUACGAGGAUGAAGGCAACUUCUGAGAUUCUAAGGAACAUGAGAAUUCUUAAACUUCAGGGAUGGGAGAUGAAGUUUUUGUCUAAGAUUGUGGAACUUAGAAUGGGUGAAGCUGGAUGGUUGAAAAAAUAUCUUUACACCUCUGCCAUGACCAGUUUUGUCUUUUGGGGUGCCCCUACUUUCGUGUCUGUGGCCACAUUUGGUGCUUGUAUGCUUUUAGGAAUCCCGCUUGAGUCGAGCAAGAUCUUAUCUGCACUUGCAACGUUAAGGAUUCUUCAACAGCCUAUCCAAAAUCUUCCUGACACAAUUUCAACCAUAAUUCAGACUAAAGUUUCACUUGAUAGGAUUGCAUCUUUCCUAAGUCUUGAUGACUUGAAGGCUGAUGUUAUGGAGAAGCAGCCAACUGGUAGUUCUGAUAAAGCAAUUGACAUAGCUGAUGCGAACUUCUCCUGGGAUGUUUCUUCCCCAAAUCAAACGCUAAGAGACAUCAACUUGAAAGUUUUCCAUGGCAUGCGAGUUGCAGUUUGUGGUACUGUUGGCUCGGGUAAAUCUAGCUUACUUUCCUGUAUCUUGGGAGAAGUACCCAAGAUAUCUGGUAAUCUUAAGCUGUGUGGUACAAAGGCUUAUGUUACUAAGUCACAAUGGAUACAGAGUGGCAAGAUUGAAGACAACAUCUUGUUUGGUAAGGAGAUGGACAGAGAAAGGUAUGACAGAGUUCUUGAAGCAUGUUGCCUUGAGAAGGAUUUAAAAAUCCUUCCUUCUGGUGAUCAGACAGUUAUAGGUGAGAGGGGAAUCAAUUUGAGUGGAGGACAGAAGCAAAGAAUACAGAUUGCACGUGCUCUGUACCAUGAUGCUGAUAUCUAUCUGUUUGAUGAUCCUUUUAGUGCUUUGGAUGCACAUACAGGAUCCCACCUCUUCAAGGAAGUUUUGCUGGGUGCUUUGACUUCAAAAACGGUGAUUUAUGUCACUCAUCAAGUGGAGUUCUUACCUGCUGCUGAUCUUAUCUUGGUAAUGAAAGAUGGAAAGAUUAUACAAUCUGGAAAGUACAGUGGAAUUCUGAAUUCGGGAACGGACUUUAUGGAACUUAUGGGUGCACAUAAGCAAGCUUUGUCAGCUCUGGAGUCCAUCGAUGGUGCGCCAGUUUCAGAAAAUGUAAAUACUAGCAAAGAAAAUUGUGGCACAAGUAGUAAUGGAGGUGUUGUUAAUAAAGAAGAACAUAAAGAUAUUCAGAAUGAUAAAGCAGAGGAAGUAGCAGAGGCGAAAGGGCAGCUUGUGCAAGAAGAAGAGAGAGAGAAAGGUAGAGUUGGGUUCUGGGUGUACUGGAAGUUCAUCACUACAGCAUAUGGAGGAGCCCUUGUACCAUUUAUAUUGUUGGCACAGAUUCUCUUUCAGGCUCUUCAAAUAGGCAGCAAUUAUUGGAUGGCUUUGGCAACUCCUGUGUCUGAGGAUGCAAAACAACCUGUUGGGGGCUUUACACUAAUUACUGUUUAUGUAGCUCUGGCUAUUGGGAGUUCCUUUUGUAUACUUUGCAGAGCCACACUUCUUGCAACAGCAGGAUACAAAACUGCCAGUGUUCUCUUUAAUAAAAUGCAUCUGUGUAUUUUCCGCGCCCCCAUGGCCUUCUUUGAGGCGACUCCUAGUGGACGAAUACUAAACAGAGCUUCUACCGAUCAAAGUGCUGUUGAUUUGAACAUUCCGUCUCGAGUUGGGUCUCUUGCGUUCUCGAUUAUCCAGCUUCUAGGAAUCAUUAUUGUGAUGUCUCAGGUUGCACGGCAGGUUUUUCUUGUUUUUAUCCCUGUGAUUGUAAGCAGCAUUUGGUAUCAGCAAUAUUACUUACCCUCAGCACGAGAACUUUCACGGUUAGUAGGAGUAUGCAAAGCUCCAGUAAUACAGCAUUUUGCUGAAACAAUUUCAGGGUCAACAACUAUUCGGAGCUUUGAUCAAGAAUCAAGGUUCCGAGACACAAAUAUGAAACUGAUGGAUGGAUAUUCUCGGCCCAAUUUCCAGAGUGCUGCUGCUAUGCAAUGGCUGUGCUUCCGCCUGAAUAUGUUGUCUUCUAUAACGUUUGCGUUUUCUUUGAUUUUCCUGAUUUCUAUUCCAAAGGGUGUUAUUGAUCCAGCAAUUGCGGGCGUGGCUGUGACAUAUGGACUCAGUCUAAACACGUUACAAAUUUAUUUCAUAUACAAUCUAUGUAAUCUGGAGAACAAGAUUAUUUCAGUCGAGAGGAUACUUCAAUACACUUGUACUCCUAGUGAGCCACCUCUUGUGAUAGAAGAAAGCCGGCCUUACCGGUGUUGGCCAUCAUAUGGAGAAGUUUACAUUCGUGAUCUACAGGUUCGCUAUGCUUCGCACUUGCCACUUGUGUUACGAGGUCUGACUUGCAGUUUUCCGGGAGGAAUGAAAACUGGCAUUGUAGGGAGAACAGGAAGUGGUAAAUCGACUCUCAUUCAAACACUGUUUCGGAUUGUUGAGCCUGCAGCUGGUCAGAUUAUGAUUGAUGGAAUCAAUAUCUCAUCAAUUGGACUGCAUGAUUUACGGUCAAGACUAAGCAUCAUUCCUCAAGAUCCAACCAUGUUUGAAGGAACUGUACGAAGCAACCUGGACCCUCUUGAAGAAUACACAGAUGAGCAAAUAUGGGAGGCCUUGGAUAAGUGUCAACUUGGAGAUGAAGUUAGAAAGAAGGAAGAGAAGCUAGAUUCCAAAGUUACUGAGAAUGGAGAGAACUGGAGUAUGGGUCAGAGGCAAUUGGUCUGUCUUGGACGUGUGCUACUAAAGAAAAGUAAGGUCCUGGUGCUUGAUGAAGCUACAGCAUCUGUUGACACUGCUACGGAUAAUCUGAUUCAGCAAACUCUACGGCUGCACUUUUCUGAUUGCACGGUCAUAACAGUUGCACAUCGGAUAACAUCUGUUAUUGAUAGUAAUAUGGUUCUGCUUCUUAAUCAUGGGCUUAUCGAGGAAUAUGAUUCGCCAUCGAAGUUGCUAGGAAACAAGUCUUCGUCUUUUGCUCAGCUUGUUGCAGAGUACACUGUGAGAUCGAAUUCCAGUUUAGAGAACUAAACUUGAAUAUGAAGGCCAAACCUUAAUAAAAUACAGUUCUGCUUACUUUCUUAAAUAUGAAAAAAAUGUAUUCUGUUAAUUUUUAUUAUGUAUGAAAAAAGAGUGUUGGGAGAUUACGGCUGGUUAUGUACACUAGUGAAUUUCUGAUUUUGGUAUUAUAAUCUACCUGAAUAAAAAAGAGUAUUUUACAUUUGAGUUUCUGUUAGUGUGCAGAAUGUUUGAAUAAAAAACAGUUUAUAAUU